AUGGGUGCGCAGAUUAUACUCUGUGAUGGUUUUGAGGUGGUGUCUCCACCGGAUAUGAGCGACUUGAUCCUCUUCGGAAGCGAGCAAUCUAGUGGCUCAAACUGCGGUGAAUCAACGGUCACCACCGAAGAAGACGGCACUGUUUUCUCCGGAGAUAGUUCACCGGGUGAUGCGGCUGAAGAGGAAUGGCCUGAAGCUAAGCCUUUCUCCUUCUACUUCGUUAAGAGACCAGCUUAUGAUGAUCCUGAGAUCAAAGCCAAGAUUAAUGAAGCUGAUUCAGAGAUUUAUCAGUGUAAUAAACGCCGGAUUGAUAUCUCAAAUGCUCAGAAAUCCCAAAGGGCUGAGAUGUCGUCUUUGUAUGCACAAAUGGAGAGUUUGGGACCUAAAUCAGAAGGAUAUAAAAUGGUUUUUGAAGAGAAGAGAAAGGAGUUUGAUACUCUGCAUGAAGCUCUACGGAAUCAACGGUGCUCUAGCAGUGGUCAGCUUAGCUUUUCAAAGGAGGAACUCGAUCAUCUUAUUUACAUAGCACAUUACGUUAUUGAACAUGGAACCAUUGGUUUGGAGGAAGAACAUUGGGUGCUUAAAGAGACAGAGAAGUCUAAUGCGAUAGUAUUAAGUGAGGAAUCUCUUGCGCAGAAAGAAGCUUCCAUACACCGUCUCAAGCUAAUGGCUGUGGAAAUGAACGAAGUAAAGAAGGAGCUUGAAGCCAUUACAUGGAACAUUAACUGCUUGAGUGACAAACUAGGACAGAUUCAGAACAAGAUUUGGGGUUUGGAUUUAGAAAUGGCACACAUACUUGAGCUGAGAGACAAAGCAUAUGAAAGGAUUAAGAUGCUGAGGAUACAACGAGAUAAAGGAAAUGCUGCGUUUUUCCAGAGCCUUGCUGUUAUGAGGAAAGCUAAAGAACUGGCUGCUUCUGGAAACGUUAGAGAUCUUGAAGUGUUCUCUAGCUCUGAGGUUGAUAGAUUCAUGACUAGUUGGAACAAUGACAAGGCUUAUAGAGAUGAUUACGUGAAAAGAAUCUCUCUUUCACUCUAUGAAAGACAUCUGAGCAUAGAUGGACGGAUUAGAGAUCAAGAAGGUGAAACACAUGUUGUUCAAGAAAAGCAAGCCCUUGUGAAGACUACAAAGGAAGGUAUGGUGGUGAUUCACAAGAGGAAUAGAGAAGAGUCCAGCUCCAACUCGUCUCAGGAUGCAAAUGUAAUCACAGAUAAACAAAAGAAAGAAGUGAAGAAAAAGGUGAUAAUAGACUUCAACAGAUCAAGUGAUGAGGAGAGUGUAGUUACAGAUUUGGAGUUCCCUGUGUAUGAGAAUCCGAAAAAAGAAGAAGAAGUGGUUGAUGAAGAGACUUUAAAGGAGAGGAAACGAGAAGAGGAGCUAGAGAAAGCUCGGUUAGCUAUGGAAAGGAAGAAGAAGCUACAAGAGAAAGCUGCUGCUAAAGCUGCUUUAAGAGCUCAAAAAGAAGCUGAAAAGAAACUCAAGGCAAAUUACACAUCAUUGUCACCAACUCUUCCUAUUAACUGUUCUGAGUGUGAGAAGAAAGCUAAGAAGAAAGCUGCAUUAAUCUCUUCUGAACUAGACCAAUCACAAGAAGUAACCAAUGAGCUGACGAAGGUUAAGACUUCAGCAGUUUCAGGGAAAGAGAAACAUAGGUCAUUGUUUCCAAAGGAGAAAAGGUGUAUGUACAAACACCGUGGGAGAGGAACAGAAGCUCUCCCUAAAGCCAUCCUAAACCGUAGAAGAGCACAUCAAUAUUGGGUUUGGGGAGUUUCAUCUGCUGCACUUGCUCUAGCUCUCUCCCUUGGAGUUUUACUUUUACGGUGA